AUGAAGCUCCUUUGGCUGACUUUGAUUGCACUGCUGCUCUUUUCCCAGCUCACUCCAGGUGACACCCAAAAAUGCUGGAAUCUUCUUGGCAAAUGCCGCCGCAAAUGCUCCAAGAGGGAAAGGAUCUACGUUUACUGCACAAAUAAUAAACUGUGCUGUGUGAAGCCCCAGUUCCAGCCACAACAAAACACAUGGUCAUUUUGA